GACCGUCCGCUUUUCCUCGCGGCUCGUAGUCAGUGGCGUGGCGCCUGUCCGUUGAGUGGCGCGUAGUCCGGGCACCGCCGUCCGUCAGUUUGCUUGUACCUAGUGCCUGUGUAGUAUCGAUCGUUGUACAUUUGUGUUGUUAUUAUUUCGUUUUUUUUUUUUGUUUUAGUUUUCGAAACCGAAGUUUUUAAUAUUACAAUCAGACAACGAUAAAUACACGCCGAGAACAUGUCGAAAAACGUAUACUUGCCGGAUCAUGCGCUGUCCGAGAGGGCAUACGUGCGGUCCAUGGAACAGUACCGGGACAUGCACAAGAAAUCCAUUGACUCGCCCGCCGAAUUUUGGUCGGAAAUCGCAAAUCAGUUUCACUGGGAGACGCCGUUUGAUGUUCGCGACUUUAACUCGUACAACUUCGACGUGUCCCGCGGGCCUGUUCGCGUCAAAUGGAUGGAAGGCGCCACCACAAACGUCUGCUACAAUCUACUCGACAAAAACGUCCGGCAAGGGAUGGGAGACAAAAUAGCGUUCUACUGGGAAGGUAACGAUCCGGAUGACUACAGCAAAAUCACGUACAAGAAGUUGUUGGAAGAAGUAUGCAGAUUCGCAAAUGUCUUGAAAUCUAAAGGCGUAACAAAAGGGGAUCGUGUAGCUAUAUAUAUGCCCAUGAUAUUGGAGAUUGUAAUAGCCAUGUUGGCCUGCACAAGAAUUGGGGCAGUUCACUCUAUUGUUUUUGCAGGAUUUUCAGCCGACUCGCUGGCAGAACGAAUGGCCGAUUGCAAGUGUAAAGUACUAGUCACCGCGGACAGUGUCUACCGAGGCGAUAAAUUGUUGAAUAUUAAAAGUCUUUGCGACACAGCAAUGGAAAAAUCGCAACAUUUCGGUCAUGAAGUACAGUCUUGUAUAGUCGUUCGUCAUUUGACACGAUUAAAUAGAUCAAUGAACGGAGCAAACGGCACCAACGGAAACGGUAUCAUCGAUCUUCAUUCAGACGUUCCGUGGACGGACGGAAGGGAUUAUUGGUGGCACGAUGAAAUGGACGAUGUUGAACCGGCCUGUUAUCCAGUUUGGAUGUCUGCAGAAGAUCCGCUCUUCAUGUUGUACACUAGUGGUUCAACGGGAAAACCCAAAGGAGUUCUUCAUACCACCGGAGGAUAUAUGAUAUACGCUGCUACAACGUUCAAAUAUGUAUUCGACUAUCAUCCUGGAGACAUAUAUUGGUGUACAGCAGAUAUAGGAUGGAUCACCGGACAUUCGUAUGUUGUUUAUGGACCUUUAGCCAAUGGAGCAACCUCAGUUAUAUUUGAAGGAACGCCGUUUUAUCCGGAUAAUGCAAGAUACUGGUCGGUAAUAGAAAAAUACAAAGUUACGCAAUUCUACACCGCCCCAACUGCUAUUCGCGCCCUAAUGAAAUUCGGAGAAGAACCAGUGAAAAAACACGACUUGAGCACGCUAAAAGUAUUGGGUUCAGUCGGCGAACCUAUAAACCCAGAAGCUUGGUUAUGGUAUUACAAAAACAUUGGAAACCAAAAAUGUUCUAUCGCGGACACGUUUUGGCAAACCGAAACCGGUGGUCACGUAAUAACGCCACUUCCCGGAUGCACGCCUAUGAAACCUGGCUCGGCUUCAUUUCCGUUUUUCGGCGUCGACCCGAUUCUCCUCGAAGAAAACGGCAAGGUGAUCGAGGGCGUCGGCGAAGGUUAUCUGGUGUUCGACAAACCUUGGCCGGGAAUGAUGAGAACGUUGUUUGGCAACCACGAACGUUACCAGUCGGUUUAUUUUAGCAAAUUCCCAGGGUACUACUGCACGGGAGACGGAGCUAGACGCGACGAAGACGGAUAUCUGUGGGUGACAGGAAGAGUGGACGACAUGUUAAAUGUAUCUGGGCAUUUGAUGAGCACAGCCGAAGUCGAAGCCGUGCUUACAGAACAUCCAAACGUUUCCGAAGCAGCAGUCGUAUCGAGGCCUCACCCCGUAAAAGGAGAAUGUCUGUACUGUUUUGUUACACCUAACAGCGGUGUGUCGUUUACGCCGAAGCUUUCUUCGGAACUAGUUAAAAAAGUUAGGGAAACUAUUGGGCCGUUUGCAAUGCCUGACGUUAUUCAACAUGCUCCAGGACUUCCAAAAACUCGAUCAGGCAAAAUCAUGAGAAGAGUAUUAAGAAAAGUGGCUGUCAACGACAGAGAAGUUGGAGAUAUCUCAACGUUAGCCGACGAAAAUAUAGUUGAAGAGUUAUUUAAAAACAGACCCGAAAAAACGUAAGAAGUUAGUAUAAGAAGCCUGUAAAAAAAAAAAAUCAGUUAUUUAUGUAAAACUGAAAACGUGACUAUUUACAUAUCAAAAUUGUGAACUUGUGUUAUUAUUAAUUGAAAUAGUUUGUUGUUAUAAGGUAAAUUUAUUAAAACUCAUAAUGAUUUAAGGUACCAACUACAAAUUAUCCUUCGAUUUAUGUUUUACUAAACAAGUACUUAAAUUCGUUAGAAUAAAUUAUUGAGAUCAUUUUUUUAAUUGAUUAAUGUAAGUUUACCUAAAAAAAAAAAACUAGUCGCUAAAAAAAUUAAGGAAAAACGCUGUUGUUGUUUCAAUGUUUUUUUUAAAAAACAUUAAAAAAAAAUUACUUCAAACGAACGGAAUUUUUGAUGUUUUAUAAACAAGAUAAAUGAUGAUUAUAGAUUUAAAACAAUUGACGAUUUGUAAGUUAAGAUUUAUCAAACUAUUACAUAAAAAAAUAUCCAAUUACAACUGUUGCUUUCAUACCAUUACUCUAAAAAUGUAUACCAGAAUAAUUUAAUUCGUCUACGCCACUUUAGUGUGAUGGUAAGAAUACACCAUAGUUUAAAAAUGUACCAUUUUAUAACUGAUUACCGAUUAAUGAAAGAACUGCAUAUUUAUUACACAGCUGUAACUUUAUAAUGCGAAACUGGACUGUUAAUAAUAUUCUAAAAUAUACAGUCUUCCCAAUCAUAUAAUUGAUAAUUAAAUAAUCUUUUAGAUGUUACAUACUCAAAAAUAUUUAUGACAUAAAUAUAUUAUGGCUUUUCAAAAAUAUUUACUAUAAUAUGUAAUUUUUAAAACGUAACCAAAGCUUGUUUGAUUUAAGGCAACAAAGACAGUAGCUAAAUCAUUUUUAAUCAUAAAUUACUGUAUCUUUUUUUAAAAACAAUGUUAAUUGAAAACAUUAAUUUUAAGAAUACCUCAGCUUAUAUUAACAUAUACAUAUCAUUUUGUUGAUUUUAUAUAAUGCCCAAAUUGUUACUGAUGUUAAGAUAUAA